UUAAAACAAUUACGGAGGUAUGUAUUCACACGCUUGUGGGAGCCUGGGAAUACAUAAGGGAUCGUGACUGCAAAGGAAUGAAUUCACGGACUGGUCUAUGGGGAGUAUUUUUUUUCCCUGUGACUUCAAACUUCUCUCAGAGCUCACAGAGUUUUAGUCAGCUGGCAUGCAAGAGAGGUACGACUUCCCUAAGUAAACUCUUCCUCCACUUGCCCUGGAAAAGCUGCUGGGAGAGUCUGUGAGACAGAAGGCUGCAAGCAGAGGUGAAUCCUGCUCCUCCUCCUCCUCCAGCCACAGAGCAGAACCAUGAAACUGAACAUCAUCUUCUUGCUGGCAGUGGUGAACACAGGAACCUUUAACUAUCAUCCCACAGAGGGGACACCCUGUGAAAUGGCAAAUUCACAGGCAUUUUGCCACAACAAAGACCUCCACCAAAUCCCUCACGAGCUCCAUCUGAAUGUAAACAAAAUAGAUCUGUCUGGAAACCUGAUUCAAAGCAUCCCUGAAAUACCAUUAUCAUUCUACACUUCCCUCCAGUAUCUGGAUUUAAGCUUCAACCAGAUAAGCUUCAUCACGUCUGGAGUGUUUGCACACAUGACGAGUUUACUAGAAAUAAAUUUAGCCAAUAAUCAUUUACAUAAGCUUGCUCAGAAUGGGACAGAGGGGAUUGGACUUUUGCCCAAGGUGGAAAUAAUGGACUUGUCCCACAACAAUCUCUACAGUGGGAUGGCCGAAUAUUUCAUUAAUCAAGCUCCAGCACUGCAGUAUCUUUCCUUGGCAGAUAACAGUAUUGUAAGGAUAUCACACAAGAUGUUUCAGGGAUCUCCCAGUCUUGUGGAGAUAGAUCUUCAGAGAAAUAUCAUCAUGGAAAUAGAAGAAGGUGCUUUCGAGACUGUAGCAAACCUUUCCAAACUCAAUCUCUCCACAAAUUCAAUUACUUGCAUCUCUGAUUUCAACCUCAGGCAGUUGGAGGUUCUUGACCUGAGCAGGAAUAGCAUUGAGACCUUCAGCAUCACAAAGUCAAAUGAUGAAUAUAAUUUAAGAUGUCUGGACCUAAGUGAAAACAAAUUGCUUCACUUUCCAGUCUUCCCUCAUGUAAAUAAACUGGUAACUCUGAAUUUAUCAAAUAAUUUAAUCAAGCUCACUGCUGAAUCCCCUUAUAAUAAAAUGGACUACAUGGAUACUGAAUGGCUAGAUGCUUCUUUUCAUCUUCUUGAUCAGAAGCGAAGUAAAAAUACAAGUUCUCUUUAUUUAUCCCAACUUGUAUACUUAGACUUAAGUUAUAAUAAAAUCAAAUCCAUUCCAGAUGGGUUCUUUGAGUCAAUGUUGUCCCUUCACACCCUUAAUCUCAGCAGAAACUGUCUUCAGGCAUUUACAGUAGGUUAUGAUAGUGCAUUGCUCUCCCUAACUGUCCUUGACUUGAGCUACAAUGCUUUGCAGAACCUUCUCCUCGAUGCUGGUGCUUUGUCAAAUUUGAGGGAGUUUCAUGUUCAAAACAACAACCUUCAGACCCUGCAAUUUGACAUCUUUUCCAGUCUUCCUAGCCUCAGACUUCUUAAGCUACAGAGCAAUAACAUCAGCCUUUGCCACAUGUACUCAGGACUAGCUAAGCAAAGACUUGCUGCAGAGGACAGUGGUUGUGUGUCGUUUGUCAAUUCUCCUGCUCUCCAGUACCUGUACCUAGCUGACAACAUGCUGAGCAUCCUACCAGCACGCACCUUCCACAAGACUCCACUGCUUGUCUUGGAUCUCUCCAUGAACCCUGGACUGAAAAUAGAACUUAAAGCACUAGCAGGACUGGAAAAGUCUCUGGAAUACUUGCAUUUACAUGGCAAUAGUCUGAUAGAUUUAAAUAUUGACUUGCCUUGUUUUAGUCACCUUAAACAUUUAAACCUCUCUGAAAAUCAGCUGAACUGGCUGCCUAAGUGGAGUAGUGACACUCCACUGGAAGUUCUAGACCUACGGAACAACAGGUUCAGUACAUUAGAGGACAGCAACAUUUUAGCAUUAGAAAAUUCACUUAAAAACUUGUAUCUCUCUGGGAACCCACUCAACUGCUGUGGAAACAUCUGGCUUUCAUCAAUGAUCCAGAACAAAAAUGUCCAGAUCCCCAACGUGGAGCACUUAACGUGCCAGUACAUUCGGAGCUUUGGGUAUUGGGAAGAAAUGCACGUCGAGGACAUUAGACCAGAAGACUGUGAAAAAGAAGAUCUGAAGAAAAUCAACAUCCUCAUUAUAUUAACAUCUGUACUAGUUUUAUCUGUCAUCAUCAUUGGUGUGGGUUCAUUUUUUUGCUUCCGAAGGCAAAACUUUAGCCACCAGUUUAAAGCAUAG